AAAGCGGGAUGCCGAACGGAGCGAGUCGCCGACUCCGCGCUUUUUGGCCGCCAGCUCACUCGAGAUCUGCUGGUCGUUUAAUGAGCUUUCUAUCUCGCAGCACUUAAAAGAUGGCGAAAGACGAAGCUGCGCCCGAGCAAAGCAAGAGCCAGAAGAAUAGCCAUGGGGCUGACAGUGACAGUGAAAACGAAGACGAGUUCCACGACGCACGGUUUCCUCCCGAGGAAGAAGCUAGAUUGCUGCAGGAAUCGCAUGAUGUGAAAGCUGAAGCUAACAAGCUCUUCGCGUCUGCUUGCUAUGACCAAGCUAUCUCAGCCUACGACCGUGCCCUUGCCUCUUGUCCGAACUAUCUUGACUAUGAAAUCUCCGUUUUGCGAAGCAACAUUGCGGCGUGCCAUCUGAAGCUAGAAGACUGGAAAUCAGCAGUUGAUGCCGCUACGGCCAGCAUUGAAGCUCUCGAGAGAUAUCUUCCGUCAUCGAAACCAGGCACUGACAACGCAAAGAAUGGUGGGGAGAACAAGCAGGAAGAACAAGCGGAUGCGGGCGCCGUUGUGGAGCUCUCAGGAGAAGAUGACGAAGCACAGAAACAACUCGAGACUUUGAAGCGGAAUGAUGAACAGAAAGAAAACGUGCGACGGAUACGGGCGAAGGCUCUUAUGCGACGCGCAAGAGCGAGGACUGAGCUGGACGGUUGGGCAAAUCUACAAGGAGCGGAGGAGGAUUAUAAGGAACUUAUCCGCAUGGAGAAUCUACCGCCGCAGGAUAAGAAAAUCGUCCAGAGGGCCCUCAGGGAACUUCCAAAUAGAAUAAACAAGGCCCGAGAAAAGGAGAUUGGGGAGAUGAUGGGGAAGCUGAAGGAGCUUGGUAACGGAAUCCUAAAGCCCUUCGGUCUUUCCACUGAUAACUUUAACUUUGUCAAAGACGAAAAGACGGGCGGCUAUAGCAUGAACUUCCAGUCUUGAUGACGGGUUCAAGCGUGGAACCGUCACAGGGCUCAUGAAUAUUCUUCUCAAAUACCCUUACCGACUAUUAUUAGAACGAAAAUCAAUUUGUGAUCUAUCAAUCCCGACAACGCCCUGCAAGGAGGACGACAUUCAUAUUAUCCAUAUUAUUCCUCGCAUAUAGGAUACAGAUGCGUACUUGGCCAGAUGAUCUAUUUACGCAUACAAUACACAUGGGAGCAUGUAGGCUAGCUUUUAUAUUCAUGAAUAAAAUUAAAUAUAUCUCUGAAAUAUUGCCUGUGUACCUGUACCAAGAUGAUGUUCAGGAACCGUGGCCCAAGUCAGAUGAAGGCGCGCUUCUGUACAGGUAGUACUGGA